AUGAGUUCAUUCUUUCCACUGUCUUUACCUAGUAACUCACCCUGUAACGAUACUUUGGACCGGUUCAUGGACGAGAUCUGCGAAGAACAUUGGAUCCAUUGGAGCACUUUGAUGAACAUCGUAGCUAUUUAUCGUUGCAUAGCAGGCGAGCCUUCGUAUGGCAUUCUCGACUCUCUGUGCUUCUACGGAAAUCGGAAUCCAGGAGAUACAUGGUCUGCAGAGGUUGAGGAUCUGAUAACUCGUCUGGAGAACACUUCUUCGGAGCUUCACAUCCUUAAGCUCUCCAUGCCACACGACUUCACGAAGCGUGUAUGCGACAGGCUUAGACAAAAAGACCCGGGACUUUUCAGGCGUAUGCAGACGGUGGUCCGACCCGACUCUCCGGUUGCUCGCAAUAUCCAUAAGUGGAUAUUGAUGAUCAUCUUGUUCAAAACAUGGCGAAUAACAUUCUCGGAUUGCAACGUACUUUUUGGGGACGUUUGGGGCAAGCCUCGACCUCCUGCGCCUCUAGAAUGGCGACCCGUAUGCCCACCGAGCCACACGAGCACAGCUUACUUGCGUGACCGUCUGGCGAUACUCUCAAAAAACCGGGGCUUUCCGCCACCUGAAGAGCAGCCAGAAGAUCCUGAGGAGCAGCCAGAAGAUCAAGGUUUGUUCAGCAGAAGGACCAUCAUUCGGAUCCUUUACCUAGAAAAUUCGAGCGCUGGUUCUCUUUCGACGGAUCACCUAAAUCUCAUAUUCUUCCAAGAGACAGGCAGCUCGGGAGGCAAGAAGAUGCUCGUUAUGGCAACAGAAUUCCGGCCGCUGUAUCUCAUGGGAUGUUACUUUCCGGAUGCUGAAAUGUUGGGAAUCGAUCCCGACUACGGAAAUCCCGGCACUCCAUGGUCGAGCCAGCUGCUUAGGCAGCUCAUCAAUCUCGUCUCAGCCAUGCGGGAGAAAAGGAUGGUGAUGUUAGAGCCUCUUGAGACAGAGCUCAAGUCCUCGUCGGGCUUCGAGCAUGAUCGGACCCCUCUGCGCAUCCGAUUUGCGAUGGUGUCUCUCAUCAGGAAGAAUCUGCACACCGUAGUUCUGUACUGCACUGCGAACGACCGGGAAAUCGCGUCUCUGCUCCAAAAAGUGGACAACACUCCCGGUCUUCUGGUCUCCGAGAUUGACCGUGAAGCUGUCCAUCGGCUCCAUAUGAUGUUUCUCGAUAUGGAGCAUCUGAGAGGUAUGCUUCAGCAGCUUGAGACUGAGUUUCAAGAGGUUGGAGAACGGAUCAGAGACAAGCUGGCUGCGAGGCAGCAAUCCACGAUCGUGCUGCUCUACACAUUCGUCGGCGUUACGUUUCUCCUGUCCAUCGCGCGGUCUUCACUUCUACCCGGAAUGAUUCUAUCGUCCUUGAUCGCGUUGGCAUUCAAAGAGCGACCCAUCCAAUUCGUGCGGUGGUGGAUACAAGACUUGUCUUCCUAUACUUUAUCUCCUUUCGAUUUCCUUCCUGUUGCGUAA